UGUGGCAUUUCGACUGAACAUACUCCAUAUACCGCUUGAGUUAUGUCAUUUACAGCUGUUGAGAUUUGUUCAUCGCCCUUAGCCUAAUAAAGAUGUUAGCUUUGCAAAAGAUCAAUCCAAUCCUUUUAAAGCAAUCAAUUGAGAAUAUAAAAUGUAUUGCUUCAAUACAUACAACGGCAUCAUGUCAAAAAACCCAGUCCGGACGAUAUCGCAUAACCAACAAACGUAACAAACCUCUCACUUAUGAGAUGGCUAAUCCCCCACAUUACAUUGCCCAUAGAAAAUCAUGGAACUCCUGGAACACCUCCACAAUGUUGGAUGGACUACGUCCCUCUCAAACCGCUAUCGAAGAUGUGUUUAUACGCAAAUUUAUAAAUGGAACAUGGCAUUCAUUGGUCUGCUCCGAAGUUAUUAUAAAGCGACAACAUAAUAUGAUUCGCAUAAGUGCUAUAGUGCGACAGGCCAUAAGUGCGCGUAAAAUGUAUUUUUUGAUUGGCUACACAGAGGAGCUUCUGUCCUAUUGGAUGCAAUGCCCUGUUACGCUUGAACUGCAAACAGUACAGGACAAAAAUGAUGUUGUUUUCAAGUAUAUUUAAGUUAUUGUUAGACAAGUAAAUAAUGUUUCCACAAUUCGAUUCGAAAACAAUGUUGAAUUUUAUUGAUUUAA